CGAUAGGCGCCGGUUGCUAUGGAUACGAAUUUCCGUCUCCCGCUAAAAAUUUAUUGAAUGAACACACAAUGCUGUUUACAUACAUUUUUUGAUAUUGAUUAGACUGAAAAAUAACAUUUUGUUCAGAAACUGUGAGAGCGGUGACAUUUUUAAAAGUCGUGUGUUGAUGGAUUACUAUGUAUUUCUGAUAUUUGGAAUGACUAUAUUAAGUAGGAGCAGUGGAGCUGGCGGGUGGCGGGUGACAGCGGCGGCGCGGCAGCGGAGCACGGUGGCGAGAUGAGCGCGCCGCUGUCUGCCGCCGAGGCGCUCUCCUCUCUGCUGUGGCAGCCCUACGAGUGCCGCUCACCGCCGCUCGCGCGCUCUCGCACGGAUGGCGCGCUGUCCACCGUCUGGUUCGUCGCGGGGGACGAGGCGCGCGCGCCUCAGUCGCCGAACGGCGGUCGUCAUGCGCGCGCGUCGUACCGCGCUACAAUCCUCCGCCACGAGAUGCGGCUGCCCGUGCCGGCGCCCGCUCCGCUGCGAAAGUCCGACUCGGUCUCGGUGCGCGUGCACGGCGAGCCGAGCCGCGAGUGCAAUGUGAACAUAGUGCAGGUGCAAGCGCCUAGUCCGAUUGUGAACAGUGCGGUGCAAACUGAAAGAGAGAGGAGUGUAGCCAGCGCGGAAUGCCAGACGGAGGAGCCGGCGCGGCGGCGGCGAGCUCGCCGUGGGCGGGCGCCGCGCGCUCCAGACCUGCUGGAGAGCGUACCUCCGCCCCCGUACAGCACGCUGCCGCCACCGAUGCACCCCGUACCUGUGCCUGUGCCGCCGCCAGCGCCGAUCAUCACACCACACCCUCCUGCACCUAGAUUUCCGUUCCAACCCGUACCGCUCAGAUCAGGCAGAGGUGCUGCCUAUGCGUGCUCAGAAGCGGAGGGAAAUGCGCCAAAGUCCUGCUGUGGUCGGCCUCCGUUGAGGCUAUGUGUUCUCUUCCUCGGAGUGGUUGGGGCCUGCCUGGUGGCGGCUGGGGCCACGCUUGGGGCUUUGAGGCCGCACCCAACACCACUUACGCUAAUACUUUUAAUGAUAGGUAUAGGAGUGGUGUUGGUAACAGCAGCUGGGCUAGCGUGGCGGCUAGGGGCAAGGGAUGCCCCUUGUGCCCUAUUCGGUCUGCGUCGUGCGUCCUGCAGGCGCCUCGUGCCCCGGCUGCCCCCGAGCUACGCCAGGCCUCACCACCCAUAUGCGGCCAUGUUAUACCCCGAGUUCCAUUACCGGCCUCCACCACCGACUUACCAAGCAUCUAUGCAAGAGUAUAGACUCAGGUUACUUCUCUUAGACAGAAGUGCGCCAGUGGUGUCACCACCUCCAACAUACAGAUCAAAUUCAGCAAGUCUAGUCAGAGGAUCAACAGGAGCAGCGUGGUGCGUAUCCGAGUACAGCGGCCCACCGUCUUAUCGAGCACCUCGCGCCGAUCCGCCUAACACUGUCUCCGACAACCUCCCUUCUAUAACUCCCAUCGAUCUCAAAUAUUCCAACGAUACGAUAGAAGCUCUCCCCAAACCUACCGAACAGGAGAAGGACCCUGACGAGCAUCUAGUUACGAUCGUCCACACUGACGCUCAGCCGGUCAUCGUCACGGUCUCGGGGUCUUCAGCCCUCAACGAGUCACGCACACCGCCCCCAUCGGAAAUUGACAUACUCGCACAUUUAUAACAAACCACGCGAAUGUGACCCGAUGUGUUGUGAACAACGAGUGUUGUAGAAUGAAUGAACAAAUCGACGGAGAACGAAUUUGAUUGAGUGUUUUCAGAUCGUAUGAAAAGUGAUUAAUUGGUGCCCUAUUGUGAAUUAUUGUUUGAAGUGGUUUAAAUUAUAGUUAGAGUGGUUUUAAUUUGUAUCGGAGAUUUAUAUGCAUGGAUGUGAAUGUGAUCCUUCUUUUACAACAAUUGAACGUGUAUGUGGUACGAUACUAGAUGUUUUAAAUUUUGAAUUAAAAAAAGGUUACAUUCACAUCUUUUGCAUGUUGCAUAUUAUAUAUAAUGAUUGCGUGUACCUUAUCAUGUAGAUAUGAAAUGUAAAUAAUGGCUUUGUUUUAUUAAUUUAACAAAGAAUGUGCCGUGUAUAUAAGUUACAAAUUAUAAGUAAGACGAUAAAGAAUACUUUAUGAUAUAUGUGAGAACAUGUUAAUACCAAAACUCACCAUAAUGUACAACUUCUGAUUUGUUAUUGAAUAGAGUGCCUAGUACCAAUGGUGUUUAUAUCUUUUGUAAAUAACGUGCUUCAUUACUCCACACUGUCUUUAUUACUUGAUAAUUAAAGAGAUACCUACUGUGAACAUACUACGUUAGUAUAAUUCAGGGAGUAAGGAUAUUUUUAAUUCCGAUCUUUCGAUCACUCUAAUGUAAAUUUUGUAAUAGUGUUUAUAAUAAAUUAUAUUAUUGAAUUUAUAGGUACUUGAACGUGUCGCUAUUGGCAACAAUUUAACUCGAUGCGAUACGCGAUUAAAUAGAGAUCAUCUCGAUGUUCAGGAAAUUUUCAAGCUUAAUUCAUAUUUUUUAAAGAUAUUCCAAAAACACGUUUCAUAUACAGUAUUGUAUUUCUUACAGAAUCAAUAUUAUAUCAAUCAGACAUAAAAAAAGAAUCGUAGUAAUUACGAAACAAAAAAAAGAAGAGAAUUCGGGAGCAAUCACCGUAACAGCAAAUAUGUUACUUACUCGCACAAUUACUAUCAUUAUAAAUCAUUACUAAUUUUACGCAAAAGUGUGUUUUGUUUAUCUUACUUUCACGACGCAACAAAGCGAUUAUACGAUUUUCGUGUCUGGAAAUAAAGAGGCUAGAGUGUGAUAUAGGCUACUUAUUACCGCGGUGAAACAUGCCAUUUCUAGGACAUAUCUUUCAACGACACGGGCGAAGCCGCGGCCAGAAAGCUAUUAACAAGCUAUAAGUUUACUAUUGUAUUAUUACAAAUGAAUGACCUGAAAAAGAAAAUACCUCAAAAAUUUUAAUUUCUUUUCCAUUCAAUGUAUGUACUUUGUUUUUUUUACACAAAUUUGCAAACGUAAAAUGACAUUUGCUAUUUCCUUUGAAUUUUUAAUAGCGACAUGGUCAAGUAUCAAUAUAACGAAAUAACAUAAUAUUCUAACAGCUGCAACUGUGACCUUUAACUAAUGACUUUAUGAGGUCAUCACCUAAGAAUCGUAUUACCUAAUUUAUAUUAGUUAAAAUGUUUAUUUGUGUUUUUUUUUUUGUUUAUAUAGUUACUAUUUAAAUCAAGUGUUUUUAUAAAUAAACAUCAUCACUUACUUCUUUUAUCUAACAAUAUGAAUUCGCUUUUAAAAAUUGAGGCUAAUAUUCAUCAAUGAUGAUACAUUUUCCAUAUUUUCCUUAAUUAUAUUUUAUUGUUUUCCAAAAAUAUAAAGUUUUAAUAGGUGCACCUAUUGGUAGACAUAAGAUUUAUAACAAUAUAUGUUAUGAAUAAAGUGUACAUAAUGUUAUUUGUAA